UGAUAAUAUCUCUUCCUCUGAUACCUGGUCAUUGGGAUCGCCGAUACGCCGGAUCUGCUAAAAUACGCUUGAUCCUUAUGGGCCUUCUCGACCAGUUGUGGGAUGACACCGUUGCCGGUCCUCAGCCGGAGAACGGCCUCGGCAAGCUCCGAAAGCACCACACCUUCACUUUCCGUCCUGGCUCCGGCAAGGAAUCGGAGGCCGGCAGCGUGAGAUCGUACGGUGAUGAAUCAUCCGAGGAAGCUAUGAGAGUAACCCGUAGUAUUAUGAUCGUGAAACCGCCCGGGUACCAGAGUGGAUCGCCUCCGGUAUCUCCCGCCGGUUCCACUCCUCCGGUGUCUCCGUUUUCUGGAGCUAGAGAGUCCUAUCGGUUUCGAAGAAAGUCGUCAUCAGAUGCGUACGAGAAGAGAGGCCAGAACAGAUCAAACUCUUCUUCUCCUUUUGAUGUGUGAGAAAUGAGCCACAUUUUCUGGUCUCCGGAAGCUGAGGAUAUUAGCUUUUGGUCUUUGCUGUAUUCAUUUUUGUUUUGUUUUCGUACGCAUGUAUGAAUGUAUGUAUGUAUGGGUUGAGUUGAGGAUGUGCCUCAGUUCAGGUAAGGUAGCUGUUGGGUUUAGCUUCUUUUAAGUCUUAAUUAGGCGAGCUGCGUGACGGUUGGUAUGUUGUAUGUAAGAAAGUACAAGGUAGUAGAGUAGCCGUGUAUCUUAAUCUUAUUAUGUAUGUAUAUAGAGAGCCUUUCCUGCUUUUGUAAGUGAUGUUCAUGUCUCCCUGUAAGUUUUCGCUUGCUGAAUAACAACCUACUACUUGGUCAUUUCUGGUA